CCACAGCGAGCAGACGCAAUGGCUUCCCGCCGGCUCGCCCUCAACCUGCAGCAGAGCAUGCGCUCUCGCUCCGCCAUCAACGCCGUCAAGUCCUCGCGAGCCUCGCCUCUGACCCGCGGCCUGGCCACGCCCGUUGCCUACGGCGCGAAGACUGAAUCCACUACCCUCGGAAAUGGCUUCACGAUCGCUACCGAGCACUCCCCAUGGGCCCAGACGUCGACCGUCGGUGUUUGGAUCGACGCAGGAAGCCGCGCAGAGACGGACAAGACCAACGGCACUGCCCACUUCCUCGAGCACCUUGCCUUCAAGGGAACCCAGAAGCGCACCCAGCAGCAGUUGGAACUCGAGAUAGAAAACAUGGGCGGACACUUGAACGCCUACACCUCGCGCGAGAACACCGUCUACUACGCCAAGGCCUUCAACAACGACGUCCCCGCCGCCGUCGACAUCCUCUCCGAUAUCCUCCAAAACUCCAAGCUCGAGGCCCAGGCCAUCGAGCGCGAGCGUGAUGUCAUCCUCCGCGAGCAGGAGGAGGUCGACAAGCAGCUCGAGGAGGUCGUCUUUGACCACCUGCACGCCACUGCCUUCCAGGGCCAGCCCCUCGGCCGCACCAUCCUCGGACCCAAGGAGAACAUCCAGAGCAUCCAGCGCGCCGAUCUCGAGAACUACAUCAAGACCAACUACACUGCCGACCGCAUGGUCCUCGUUGGCGCUGGUGGUAUUCCCCACGAGCAACUCGUCGACCUCGCCGAGAAGUACUUCGCCAACCUCCCCUCGGAGCCCCAGGACUACUCUUCCAAGUCUGCCGCUGCCGAGCAGAAGGCGAAGCCCGACUUCAUCGGUUCCGAGGUCCGCCUCCGUGACGACACCAUGGGCACUGCCAACAUCGCCAUUGCCGUUGAGGGUGUUAGCUGGAGCGACCCCGACUACUUCACUGCGCUCGUCACACAGGCUAUCGUCGGUAACUGGGACCGCGCCAUGGGUACCUCCGACUACCUUGGCAGCAAGCUCAGCAACUUCGUCUCGCAAAACGCUCUGGCCAACAGCUUCAUGAGCUUCUCCACCAGCUACUCUGACACUGGUCUCUGGGGUAUCUACCUCACCAGCUCCAACCUCACCCAGCUCGAUGACCUCGUCCACUUCACUCUCCGCGAGUGGUCCCGCCUCUCCAUGAACGUCACCUCCGCCGAAGUCGAGCGUGCCAAGGCCCAACUCAAGGCCUCUAUCCUCCUCGCCCUUGACGGCACCACCGCCGUCGCCGAGGACAUUGGUCGCCAAAUCGUCACCACUGGUCGCCGGUUAAGCCCCGAGGAGGUUGAGCGCGUUGUCGGCCGCAUCACAGAGAAGGACGUUAUGCAAUUCGCCCGUAACAGGCUGUGGGACAAGGACGUUGCUGUCAGUGCCGUCGGACAGAUUGAGGGUCUGUUGGAUUACAACAGGAUCAGGAACGAUAUGAGCAGGAUGCUGUCAUAGACAACUACUUCUUCUUUGAGACAAGCAAGAGGGGUUGAGGAAGGAAAGUGUUUAUAGUGCCAUGCUGUGAGCGUUUUUAGACGGCAGAAACAUUGUAGUUUUGUGUACACUUAGUCGAUGAGUAUUUUGACAAGGAAGAUUUCAAACUAGCUGUGCC